ACUUAAUUUGGCGUGGACUGUGAAGACCAUCAGACCGGUAGUUAAGGAAUGGUGUUAGCCAGCACUGCCGUGAUAGCGAAGAGAGCCUUGAUGGAGGCUGGGGAGGAUAAUGAUGAUAUUCAGUUAAAUCAGCUCAUGUCUUGGCAUACUCCUGAGGAAAAUACUCUUGGAGCUGACUCACCUCCAACUCUCGCUGACAUUUUGAAUACUGCGUAUACAUCCUCUGUCGAUCAGAUACAGAAUGAUGCAGCAAGCUCUUUUGAGGAGAUGGAUUUUGAACUGUUAUUUGCCGAUAAUGACCUGGAAGGAUCAUCUGAUGUUAGUGAGACAGUUUUCAAAAAUUCAUCUGCUGCUCUGAACUGGUCCUCAGAUUCCUCACAAGGACAGUCCUCCACUUCUCAUCUCUCAACGUUGAUAAGUUCUCCUCUCCAAAACAGCGAAUUUUUUCCAAGUGAAAAUGGAAACCAGGCUUCAGUUUCAACCUCAACAUUGGGAAUAAAACCAGUCAAUAAAUCUAGGAAAAGACCCUUAUUGAACGAGGAAGUCUUCUCAAAAUUAGUUCAUCGUAUGAAAACAGUUAAGAAAGGAGAAAAUUCCCACAAUCUAACUGUAGCAGAAGAAAGUAACAUUGCUUCAGAUGUGGUCUCUCCCUUCACUUCUGUAGCAUCUCAUUCAAAUGUAAUGAUUCGUUCAAAUAUUUUGUACUCAGGAUCUGACUUUCAGAACCUGCCAGUGUCGGAGGUGCACUCUAAUUUACCGAAUAGUAUGCUAUUCAAUUCUAUCAGAAGUAAUCAGACACAAAUCAUGCCAACUCCGAAUCCCGAAUUGAAGAACGAGCCUGAAGAAAGUACAGGUUUUUCAUCUGAAAAUUACACUCUCAAUCACAUUAACCAUUGUCCCCCUACUACCUUAUCUAACACAAGACUGAAUAAAGUAGUGCCCUCACGAGUUCCUGUCAUAAACGAUCAGUCUCCAUUCUGCGUUCCUCACAGUAGCUCGUCUACAUCUUCUCCAAAAGCAGGACCAUCAAGGUCAAGAAAUGAAGAUGAUGGACCAAUUGCCCCAGAACUUCAACUAGAUUGGCUAUCAUCAACAGAAGACGAACAUUCAGAUGAUAGUGGAAUAGAAGUAGUCUCCAUCAAGCGUAGAAGUAAUCAGCUGACUGCUCCACCAGUAAUAAAUAUAAAUAAUGAUAAUGAUAACUCGAAUAGCAUCGAUAUCACCAUUGAAAAUAGUUCUUGCUCCAAUACACCACCAAAGAAGUGUAACAUUCAAGUUGUGGAUCUGACACAGGAAACCGAUGAAGAAUCUGAUCGCCAACAUUCCAAUUCAAGUACUAGCAGUAGUUACCAAAACAAUGCUCCAACUUCCUCAACAGCUAGCAGUGUUUGUGGUUAUGCCUACUUAGGGAACAGCAGGGAGCCUCCUGUUCGGCCAAAUUUUACUGUGCCUGUACGCAACCCAGCGCCAUCGUGUCAACAUCCGCCAUACUACUACUACCAACCUUCCUGUCGUUUACCUGUUUUUCCAUCUCCUUCUCUUUCACCAGUUAGUCCACCUCAACUAAGUCCUAUAGCUAGCACUAUUAGCUCAAUCAGUCCUCUUAGCCCUAUUCAAGUUCUUUCUUUAAGCCCUACAUUGACUCAUUGUAUGAUAAACCCAGAGCCAGGGCCAACAACCUCAGUCAAUCCUCAAGCUUCUAUAAGAUCCAAAGGGCCUGUCUUUCCGGUUGGGUACUGUUCUGCAAGUCCAUCUGUCUCUGCCAAUUCUACAACAUAUCUGGAACAGUAUCCACCAGCCAUGCAUUCUGCAGAUAUACUCAGGUCAAUGAGCUCAUCCAAUUCAGUCAACUCAACUUCACCUGUCUCUGCCAAUUCCGUUUCAUAUUCAGAACGGUAUUCACCAAGCAUGCAUCCUGCAGAUAUGCUCAGGUCAAUGAGUUCAUCAAAUUUAGUCAACGCAAUGACUUCAUCUCGUUCAGCUAAUUUUGUUCAACCACCAAACCCUCUAAGUCCUCAUUCGUUGAUUUCAUCAAACUCUGUCAAUCUGACUAAUGCAACCUGUCCAAUGGCAUCAGUUGGUCAGAGUAGCCCUGUAGGUCCCCAACAAGUUGUUAAUCGUACGCGCAGAUUAUCGCCAAAUGCUAUCUCCCCAAAUCACAUCGAGCCUCAUAGAAUGUGCGGCCCAAUGGAUUCAUACCAUGCUGUCCCACCUCGAUCAAGAUACUAUCCCGUGCAUACACAGCUUUGGCAAACUCAACAGCGUAUUCAAGAAACGCAGCGUAGGAGAAUGACCGUGGAAAAUAAUCGAGAUACCUAUUUCCGAAGAGAACCAUCCCAGUCACCCCCUGUGUCUAUAGUGUAUUCAACUCAACCAGUGAAUAGUGGACCAUUCCAAUUUGUUCAGCAGUUGACGUUGCCUCCAGUAGGACAGUCUAGAGUGUUCAACCCCCCUGGAGUUGGUGCGCCUACUGUCCUUACAACUUCUACUCUUCCUGCUGUAAUUCAAGUAGCUGUUGGUGACAUUGUGAGUCCGUCUGCAUCUGUUCAAACUGAGACAGUGUAUCACAGUUCCUCCUCUAAUGUCGAGCCUGGACCAAGGCAACGGACUGUUUCUCAUCCUGUGUAUCAUUAUCAUUCUCCUCACAUUCACAUCAGUAUAGGAGGCCCACUGGCGUUUACCGUGUAUGCAUCUGUUCCAUGUGGGAUGUGUGGAUCAAUGGUUAUCCUCAAACAAACGCUGUCCAAUUUGUAGAGUAGACAUCGAGACUAAUAUGAAUAAGGAAACUCCAUCAGUCCCCUCACAGGCAGCAGAAAUCAACAUUGUAACAGUAUGACAGCACUUUCCAAUUACUGAGUGCCAAAUAUAUAUCAACAAGUCUGUGCUUGUGAGUUCUCUUUGGUAAAUUGAAGAGUUUUUUGGUAAAAGGGCAUAAACUGAAACUUGUUGUUUUGUGAAAAUCACUUUGAUUUUUGAAAAAGCAUGCUCUCUUCUGAAUAGCUAAGGUGUUCUGCACUCCAAAUAUUAUUUUGGAUCAUGAAACAUUCAACAAUAAGGGUGUCUAAUUUCAGUUGUCUAGGACAUCCUGGUUUUACAUAGUGUAGCUUCCUUAAGAACGUGUUACAUGCCCUGUUACUUGUGAUCAUUUUUUUAAACUUUUAUUCGAUCUGUUGCUUGUUAUUUACUCUGUCUUUUUAAUUUGUAAGGUGAGUUAAAAGGUAAAAUCCUUGAAACGCAUCUUAUCUUUUGAUUUAUGAAGAAAAUAUCCGACAUUAGAGUUCUUAGACUCUAAUAUUUCCUACAGCAUUUAUACUGUUUUCCUUGAGUGUCUUAUUGUUACUGGCAUCAAGCAAAAGUCGGGUACAUUCUAUUUCAAUUAUCUUUUCUGUCAAUUUGUCUGCCGAUGUAUGUGUUAUCUUGUUGAGACCAAUAUAUUCCUCCCUAGACCAAUGAACUUCUCUGAUUAUUUGUUUGCUCUUCAACCUUUUGAUAGAAGAGUGAUUUUUGAAAACUUUGAUCAGAGCCACACGCUUUGAAAAAUUUGGAGUCAACAGUCAUGAUGAUAGGUGAUAUAGGAGUCAAAUCAGAACAAUUCCCAGUUAGUCUAUUUUUGCUGUUUUAUUUGUUCCAUCUGAAGUCCUCUAUUUAUUGUGCAAAAUUUGAAAAAUUAAGAGGGGAAUAGUCAGAGAACUUGGGUAUCAAACUCUUCACCUAAUCUACUUUUUUAAACCAAAAUCAGUCUGAUAGCCAGAAACCAUCCUCGGUUUCUUGUGCAUUUUAAACCAAGCGACCAAACCAGUUGAUCAGCAGCAGUCUCAAGAUUGAUGACUGUUGCUGCUCUCUAAUCCUCGAAAGUGUAAGUCUCCACCUGUCGCAAAGAUGUUAGUGGAAGGUCUCUCCUUGUCUCUGCCCCAAAACUAAAGCUAUCGUAGUGAUAGACAAACACACGAUCAAACCCAUAUCCAGUAUAAGGUUACAUUGACAACAUGACAAGCAUGGCGUAAAUGAAGGUUGAAGAGUGAUCCUAUAAUCUCUACUGUAAGUUGCUAAUAAUUGUAAUCCAAGGCCAGCACCGCACAGUGCAUUCUGGCAGGAUGUACAUUGUACAUAGUAAUGGCCAGUUAGUGCCUACUAAGACGCAGCAUACUGCAGCGCUUAGGAGGCAUCUAAUUUUGAUGUCAUCGAAUUAAAGUGCCAAAUAAAGGUGUCAUCGUAUUGUGGACACUUAAUAUCAACAGGUCAAUUGAUUUAAGGAGUUAAAAAUUUAAUUACUUCAGCUAAGCUUAAAGCAACUCCUGUUGGCAGCUCCCAAAUACAGUGCCUGACCUCUUGCCCUGCAGAAUGUCUAGGUGAAAUAUUUCUCAACAUUCACUGACAGAAAUCUCAAAUUUAAAAACUAGUAUCUCAGAACAUAUAAAAAAGUGUAAUGCAAACAUUUGGUCUCAAAGAACUUCUAUCAGUGUAUAACAAAACUGAAAACAUGAUAAAUUGAAGUCUACAGCUAAAAAAAAAAAAAACAGUUUUUUCGGAUGAAAAAUUUGUAAUUUUAAACUGUCAUGUUUGGGGCUCAAACUUGCACUGUGGGCCGAUUAUUGAAAUUUUAUAUUUGUAGGGCGGAUAUAGAUGAUAUAGGUUAAAUGGCAGAGCGUGAUUAGUCAACUAUGUCGUACCACUGCUUUGUUGUGCCUUGGUCAGUUGGAAUGAACAAGAUACGAGGGGUAUUCGUAAAGUAAGUCAAUAUUUAUCUUAUCUUCUAAACUAAUAAAGAUAAUUUAAAUCUGUAAAAAUUUUGUAAAUUGUCAUACUUUCAGAUUUCUAAAAAGUGUCCGUUUUUUAAAUUUGGUCCUCUGAGUGCCGAGUGACAUUGGUUUUCCCACACCCGUCUCUCACCACCGCGUGUCCAAAAUUUACGCGCGUCUUCAGGGGUGCUUGAUGAGUGUUACUCAUUUAUUUCUUAGAAAGAAGCAAAAAUAUUCAUGCAAACAGAAACUGUGAUGUCAUAAAAAGGCUCAAAUUAGCAUUCAAAAGAAAAUACCCUGGCCUUUUGUCUCAUCAAGUAAUGCUAGCAUUGUCAUGACCCCAUAUAGCUCUUGUGACCAAUCAGUUGUUGACCUCCUUAAAAUGAGACCUUUCCUACAUCCUCCUUAUUCUCAGGAUCUCACUCCACGUGACUUAUCACUUUUUACCUGAGCUAGAGAAGAGUUUUGGCGAAAAAAGUUCCGUGGACGACGAUGAGGUGAAAGAAGCUGUACAAAAGUGGUUGCAAAAACAGAAUCACCAGUUUUACGCUGAUGGAAUAAAUAAGCCCUUGAUAUGAUAUGUAAAAUGUGUCCUACGAGAUGGGGAUUACGUGGAAAAGUAAAGUCAGGUCUUCACAAGCAUGGAAAUUUAAAUUUCAAACAAAAAAUUCCAUUUUGACAAUUUGCAGGAUGAAGCCACAUGCUACCGUCCUGUGACCUCCCCAGGGGGCAUCAAUUUUGGACACGCGGUGGUGAGAGACGGGUGUGGGAAAACCGUUGUCACUCGGCACUCAGAAGACCAAAUUUAAAAAACGGACGCUUUUUAGAAAGCUGAGAGUAUGAAAA